AUGCCUAUCGUGAAGGUGCACGCCCGCUCCGUCUACGACUCCCGGGGUAACCCGACAGUUGAGGUCGAUGUCGUGACCGAGACUGGUCUACACCGCGCUAUCGUCCCUUCUGGUGCCUCCACCGGCCAGCACGAAGCCUGCGAGCUCCGAGAUGGUGACAAAACACACUGGGGAGGGAAAGGUGUUCUGAAAGCCGUCAACAAUGUGAAUACCGUCAUCGGACCGAAGUUGAUUGAGAAGAACAUUGAUUGCACGGAUCAAUCUUCGAUCGACAAGUUCCUGAUCGAGCUUGACGGAACAGAAAACAAGACCAACCUUGGUGCCAAUGCCAUUUUGGGCGUCAGCCUUGCGGUCGCCAAAGCUGGUGCUGCUCAGAAAGGAGUUCCUCUCUACGCACAUGUUUCCGAUCUAGCAGGCACAAAGAAGCCAUAUGUGCUACCCGUCCCGUUCAUGAACGUGCUCAAUGGAGGUUCCCAUGCUGGUGGUCGUCUUGCUUUCCAAGAAUUCAUGAUCGUCCCCGACCAAGCACCAUCCUUCAAUGAAGGUCUUCGAUGGGGUGCCGAAGUCUACCAGAAACUCAAGUCUCUGGCAAAGAAGAAGUACGGUCAAUCCGCUGGCAAUGUUGGUGACGAGGGUGGUGUCGCUCCAGAUAUCCAGACCGCUGAAGAAGCCUUGGACCUGAUCUCUGCUGCAAUCGAAGAAGCCGGGUACACCGGCAAGAUGAACAUCGCUAUGGAUGUCGCCUCUAGCGAGUUCUACAAAGAGAAGGAGAAGAAGUACGAUCUCGACUUCAAGAACCCUGACAGCGAUCCCAGCAAAUGGAUCACUUACGAGCAACUCGCCGACUUGUACAAGUCCCUGGCGAGCAAAUAUCCAAUUGUUUCAAUCGAAGAUCCCUUCGCUGAGGACGACUGGGAGGCGUGGAGCUACUUUUUCAAGACAUCCAACUUCCAGAUUGUCGGUGACGACUUGACCGUGACGAACCCCAAGCGAAUCAAGCGAGCCAUUGAAUCCAAAGCUUGCAAUGCUCUUUUGCUGAAGGUCAACCAAAUCGGCACCCUGACGGAAUCCAUUCAGGCCGCCAAAGACUCGUAUGCAGCUGGGUGGGGAGUGAUGGUUUCUCAUCGUUCUGGAGAGACUGAAGACGUCACCAUUGCCGACAUCGUGGUUGGUAUCCGAGCUGGUGAGAUCAAGACCGGUGCCCCAGCACGAUCUGAACGUCUUGCGAAGCUCAACCAGAUCCUACGCAUCGAGGAAGAGCUGGGAUCCAACGCCAUCUAUGCCGGCACCAACUUCCGCAAGUCUGUCACUUUGUAA